AUGGAAUUAUUACUUCAACAUCAUCAAUCUGUAAUUCAUCAACUUCGUAAAGCUGAACCAACAAGAUAUGUAAAAGAAUUAUUCAAUGAAAUUAUCUUAUUUUUAAAUAAUACAAUACAUAAUCAAACUGAUGGUUUUCAUAUUUUAUCUGUAGUUUGUUAUGAUAUGGCUGGAUUUACUAGUCUAAGUUUUUUUAAUGAUCCCGAAAUAAUGAAUCAUAAAUUUUUUAUUAUAAUUAGUAGAACAUUUCAAAUGUUAUUAACUAAAUUAACAUUUAUUUCUAUAACAAAAGAAGAUGAAGAAUGCAUAGAUGGAAUCAGUUUAUUAAUAAGUAAUUUAUGUUUAUAUAAAAAUAAAAUAUUAACAAAUUUUUAUAUUGAUAAUAAUGAAAAAUUAAAUUCGAAAAAUAGAAAUGAAUUUGAUUUAUUAUCGUAUGAAAAAAUAUUUUUUACAAGAACAUCUAUUAAAAAAUUUGCAAAAAUUUUAGAAAAUGAUAUAGCUAUUAAUAAUUAUCAUUCAUAUCAUUUUAAAUAUAAAAUUAUGGAUCGUUUACUUCGUGUUUUUAUAAAAUUAAACGAUAUUAAUACAACAUUAAUUCUUGAUUCUGUUAUGAAAUGUUUAGAAUCAAAAAUUUACACAAAUUUAUAUAAAAUUGUUGAUCUUCGUCAAUCAGUAUUAAGUCCACAACAAUUAUUUUUUAUGUAUACAUGUCCAAAAUUUAUUCGUCUAUGUAGUUACAAACGACAAGAUGAUAUAUCUAGUUCAUUAUCUAAAUUAAUAAUAAAAUAUCAUGUCGAAAUUUUUGAAAAAUAUUCAUCAAGUCUUAAUGUUGCAUUGCAAGAAUCUAAUCAUCACCGUAAUCACAAAAAUAAAACAACAAAAAAGAAAGAUGCAUCAAAUGCUUUAGAUUAUGAAUUUGCAUUUAAUCAAUCAAUUGCUUGGUAUAUCGAAUUAUUAAAUCAUAUUGCUUUAACACCGACAACAAGAGAAUAUUUUAUUAGAAAAUUUGAUACCACUAGAACGGUAGUAGAUCAAAUGAUUGAAAUAUUAAAAGAUAAAUCAUUAAUAGAACAUGUUAAUAAAAAUGUCGGAUUAUUUCAUCCUGAUGUUGCUCUCAUGUCUUAUUCAAUAACUUUGUUGUAUAAUUUAACAUUUGAAAAGAAAAUUUUUUAUGAUUUAAAAGAUAGAAAUGUUAUAAAUAGUUGUAAAAAAUUAUAUAAAGCACAAGAUGCAACAAUACAAUUUGCAGCUCGAACAUUAGCUGCAAUUUUAAAUCAAGAAGAUAUUGAUGAAAUAGAUAGUCCAUCGAAAGUGGCACGAUCUUAUGUAUAUUUUAUUGAAAAUACAAUUGAUGAUGUAACACUUACAUAUCAUGGAAUUAAAUUAGAUGGUGUGUUAACUAAUCUUGAAGCCAUUGUUCAGAAUGAUGAGGUUAAAGACGAAAUUAUUAAUGAUGAUGAUGGUAUACCAUUGUUAGCAAGAUGUGCAUAUGAACCAAAUCUAGAUGUUGAAACAAUUCAAUGUCCAGCUCUUCGAAUUAUUGAUGCUGUUUCAUUUGGACAGGAUGCAGCAUUGCAGCAGAUAAAAGAAAUUGAUUCUUUAAUGGAGCAUGUAAAAGAUUUAUGUCAAAAAAAUGAUAAAGAUCAAGGAAUAGUAGCUAAUCGUAUUCUUUGGAAAACAGAAGAAGAAAGUAAAUUUAUUUCAAAACAAGAACAAUUAAAAAAACAAAUUCAAAGAGAAAUAAAAAAAAAAUUCGAUGAAAAAAAAGCUAUUUAUCAAUAUGUUACAGGUGAUCAUCAUUUUGAUUUAGUCGAUCAUGAAAGAUCAGAAAAAUUUGAUCUUAUGAUUAGUUACCAUCAAGAUGAUAAAGAUAUUUGUUUUAAAAUUUAUAAUCGUUUAAUAGCAUCAGAUGCCUAUCGAAUUGCAUUUGAUAAAGAUAAUUUACAUAGUUCCAAUCCAAAAAUUAUGGCAGAAUCAAUUGAAAAAUCGUCUAUUAUUCUUAUAUGUUUUUCAGCUAAAUAUCGAAAUUCAUAUGCAUGUCGAUUAGAAGCUGAAUAUGCCAAGAAACGAGAUCGACCAAUUAUUCCAGUAAAAAUAGAUCAUCAAUAUGAUCUAACCGGAUGGUUAGAAGAAAUUACUAAGGAUGAAAACUGUAUUGACUUUACAAAAUAUGAAUUUAAUACUGUAUAUGGUCAAUUAAUUGAUGAAAUCAAUACAAUCAAUGAAAGAAUCAAUAAAAAAUAA